GCGUGAGCUGAGCAGAGGUGAGGUGAGUGAGGCAGCUAGAGUAGAGAGAGGUCGUUUGCUUUUGUUGGUUUCCGAUUUAUGGCGACUUAAUGCCACCAGCUAGCUCGCAUCAAUGGCCAUGGCCGAAUGCAUCUGAGCUCACUCCCCUUUCGUCUUCCCCAUCCAUCUCAGCUCCUCCAUCCGCAGCCCAAUCUUCUUCUUUGGCCGGUUCACAUUCUCCCGACAAUUCCUUCUUUUGUUUCUUCCUCUUAUCUUUUUUUGUCAAUGCUGUCCGGCCUGCACUCUGCCCAGCUCUGCUCUGCUCUGUUCCGCCGUUAACUCCUCUCGUCGUCUCCCCAUCCUCGCUCAGAGAUCGAAGGUGUUUUGAAUUCAAAUCCCUGCUCAGGGAUUCGUUUCUUUCUGCAGGCAGAAAAAAGGGGUUGACGCGCGCAGAGCUCUAGAUUUCCUUCGCAUUUCUUUGCGACCGAAUCUUGAUUUAGCCAUGGUAGCGGAGCCGCUGGUCCACAAGGUGCUCUCCAUGGCGACCUCGUCCUCCUUCUCCAAGAAGGCCAAGAAGGCGUCGGCGGACGGCGGCGGCGGCGGGGCGGUGGGCAUCCUGUCGUUCGAGGCGGCCAACGCCAUGUCGCGCGCCGCGGACCUCCACCGCUCCCUCUCCGACGCCGAGGCCGCCCGCCUGCUGGGCCCGCUCUGCCUCGGCUCCCGCGCCGUGCGCACCCUCGUGCCCGGCGACGACGCGCGCCUCCUCGCGCUCGCGCUCGCCGAGAAGCUCGACGCGCUCAACCGCGUCGCCGCCGUCGCCGCGCGCCUCGGCCGCCGCUGCGCAGCGCCGGCGCUCCAGGGCUUCGACCACGUCUACGCCGACCUCCUCGCCGGCCGCUACUCCGCCGCCGCGGCCCCCUUCGCGCCCGCGUCCUCCGACUCCGCGCUCGUCCGGCAGCUCGACCGCCUGGCCGCCGCCACGGCCGCGCUCUACGCGGAGCUCGACGCGCUCGCCGACCUCGAGCAGUCCGCGCGGAAGCUGCCCACCGACGAGGCCCGCCGCGCGCUGGAGCAGCGCGCGCGGUGGCGCCGCCACGACCUGCGCCGCCUGCGGGACGCCUCGCUCUGGAACUGGACGUACGACAAGGCCGUGCUCCUGCUCGCGCGCGCCGUCUGUGCCGUCUACCGCCGCAUCUGCCUCGUCUUCGGCGACCCCAUGCUCGGCCUCGACCUGCUUGCUCCAAGCUCGCGCCGCCACCGGCAACAAUGCGGCCAGAGCCAGCAGCUUUUCUCGAGCCCGCUCACCUCCAGCUCCAGGUACUCUGCCCCAAUCCGGAGCAGCAAUCUCGGCCAAGACAAUGCAAUUGCCAAGUCAGGGCCGAUCGCCAUUAUCAGUCUUGCAGACACGCCGCGGCUCCGGCCGUCCAAUUGUGGGGGGAACCUGUUCAUGGAGUGCCUGAGCCUGAGCAGCUCGGUUUCAUGGAAGGAUGGGUUCGAUGACGAGUUCUCAGAGGAUGCCAGCUGCAUCAGCGCCAUCAGGUCAGGGAUGCUCACCACGCCGCUGGCGUCGACGACGACGACCACCCCCUCCAAAAUCAAAAAGUCGCCGCGGUUCGGUCCGAAGAGCACGGUGACGUCGCUGGCCCCGCCGUCGACGAUCGGUGGCUCGGCGCUCGCAUUGCAUUACGCCAACAUCAUCCUUAUCAUCGAGAAGCUGCUCCAGUACCCGCACCUCGUCGGUGAGGAGGCCCGGGACGACCUGUACCAGAUGCUGCCGUCGAGCUUGAGGGCAUCACUGAGAAAGAACCUCAGAACCUACGCCAAGAACAUUGCCAUCUACGACGCGUUCCUCGCGCACGACUGGCGGGAGACGCUGGAGAAGACACUGGCAUGGCUGGCGCCCAUGGCGCACGACACCAUGCGAUGGCAGGCCGAGAGGAACGUUGAGCAGCAGCAGAUUGUAUUGAAGGGGAAUGUGCUACUUCUGCAGACAUUGUACUUCGCCGACCGGGAGAAGACGGAGGCAGUGAUCUGCGAGCUGCUUGUUGGACUGAACUACAUCUGCCGGUACGAGCAGCAGCAGAACGCGCUACUCGACUGCUCGAGCAGCAUCGACUUCGACGACUGUAUGGAGUGGCAACUGCACUGAAGUUGCAACUUACAAGGUCAGGUUUCUGCUCAAAUAUGUUGUUCCAUACUGUACAAGUGAUGUGACGAGAGGAAUACAAAGGGUGCUUGAGUUUUUAGGUUUGGAUUUCUUCCUUUUUUGUGCGUGAGUGAGUUCAGAUGACAUCAUCUAUCAUUUCAUAGAUGAAUGAGUAUAGGAUUGCCUAGUGAAUUCUCUUUCAACUUGAAAAGACUGACCUGAAGGAUGGUCAAUCUAAUUCCUGUUGUACAUGUAGUAAUUUGCCCAGAAAAUUUGCAUGGUGGUUGUGGAUGAGUAGAUCAAAUUAUCCAAAUUGCUAAACAAGUCACAAA